GUAUGUAUGUAUAUAUUGGGGCUGUGAUGAACUGAGAAAGGAGACGAAGCACCAACAAGAGACGAUCAUGGAGGAAUACGCUCGCAUGGGGGAAUCGGAGAUAGUUGAAGGAAAGGUGGACUGGAGAGGGAAACCAGCUCGGAAGGAUAAACAUGGAGGAAUUCGUGCUUCCAUACCGAUUUCAGCUGCAUUUGGAUUUGAGGCGAUGGUGAUGAUUGCUCUGGCGAGUAACCUCGUUCAAUACUUCAAUCGAGUGAUGCACUUCGAUUCCGCCGACUCAGCGAACCACCUGACGAAUAUUCUUGCCGUCAAUUACUUGCUCACCGUGGUUAUGGCCGUCGUCGCCGACGCUUACGCCGGCAGGUUCCUCACGAUCCUGAUUUCAAGCUCAAUCGUAUUCCUGGCAGUUGGAGUGCUCGGAAUCCAAGCUCAUCUCCCAAAUCUGAAGCCACCUCCUUGCAAUAACUACGAUCCAAGCUCUCAUUGCACCCCUGUUCAUGGAGCCAAUGCUGCUCUGUUAUUUGGAGGUCUAUACAUGCUCUCAAUUGGCUCCGCGGGCGCAAAGGCUACUCUGCCGUCGCACGGCGCCGAUCAGUUUGACGAAAAGGACCCAAAGGAGGCGAUGCAGAAGUCGAGUUACUUCAACUGGCUUCUAGUUGCAACCAGUGCUGGAAACAUAUUCGCGGUCACUUUUAUUGUAUGGAUUCAAGACAACCGAGGAUGGGAUUGGGGAUUUGGGACAUGCACCAUUGCUAUGCUCUUUGGAAUCAUAGUCUUUCUUGCUGGAUUGCCUGUUUAUAGAAUUCAUGUUCCUCAUGGUUCCAGUGUCCUCACAGAGCUCCUACAAGUGGUUGUCGCUGCUGUUCGCAACGUCAAGCUACGGAUUCCGGAGGAUUCGAAUGAGCUCUACGAGAUCAACGAUGAGAAAGAAGGUGCUCGGCAAGAAGAGCGUUUACCCCACACUAAUGCAUUCAGAUGCUUGGACAAAGCGGCGAUUCGGACAUCCUCAUCACGGCACUCUCCAAAGGAUCGGUGGAAGCAAUGCACGGUGACACAAGUGGAAAAUCUGAAGAUCUUGCUCAACUUGCUUCCCAUCUUUUUGUGCUCAACCCUCAUGACACUCUGCUUGGCUCAGCUGCAGACGUUCACGGUGGAGCAGGCAGCGACGAUGGACCUUAAAAUCGGUAAAACUUUCAAGAUACCGCCGGGGUCUCUACCCGUCAUCCCUUUCACAGCUCUCCUCAUCAUCACCCCAUUAUACGACAAACUCUUUGUCCCGUUCGCGCAAAGGCUCACCGGCAUCCCCACCGGCAUAACCUACCUGCAGCGCGUCGGGGUAGGUCUUCUGCUCGCGUCGGCGUCGAUGGCCGUGGCUGCGCUCGUGGAAACGAAGCGCAGGCACAUCGCGAUAGACAACGGGAUGAUCGACGCGAUCCCUAUGAAGAAUCCGCUCCCGAUAAGUGUGUUUUGGCUGGCAAUCCAAGCGUUUAUAUUCGGGAUCGCCGAUCUGUUCACGUUUGUAGGAUUGCUCGAGUUUUUCUACACGCAAGUGCCGAGCGAUAUCAAGGCGGUGUCGAGCUGCUUCCUAUGGUGUUCGAGCGGGGUCGGGUACUUCCUCAGCUCCAUUCUUGUGGAUGUAGUGAACCGUGCGACUAAGGGUAUUGGUAAGAAUGGUGUAGGGUGGUUGUCAGGUAAUAACCUUAACAGGGGACGUUUGGAUUUGUUCUAUGGGCUAUUGUCGAUACUUACGUUGAUUGAUUUCUUCGUGUAUCUUAUUUUGGCUAAGAGAUAUGUUUAUAGGCAUGGAAGCAUAAAUGUUACAGCAAGUACUGAGAAGAAUGUCCAAGAUAAAAAGGAUGAACAACUACUCCGAUUGGAUGCUUAG